AUGAUAAAGAAAGAUGAGAAAAUAUGUGUAAACUUUGUCUUGCUACCCCAAGUCAUAUGCAUCAUCAUUAUUUUCGUCGGGGAAAUUCCCCCAAAUAUUUUAGCUGGGAAUGUUUGGGAAGAUUUUAUCGUUAAAUUGAUUUGCUUCGUUACUAGGCGUGCCUUGAAAACUGCUUUUCGACAAGAAAAAGACGACAAGAACGAGAAUCAGCAGGACUUGACACGUGAUCAUACAAACCGGUUUCUACUUACGCCCGCAUUACAUUCUGAAACGUCCGAUCCUUCGAAAGACGAGACGGUCAAUAAUCGAUUUGUUUCAGACACAACAGAUACAAACACGACGCAACAUGCGGAACGAUUUCGUACGAAGGAAAUUGACACGGAUAAUGUAACGUCAGCCGAAGAGGACUUGCAGACACGUUUACUAAAGGACAAAGAAAUGCUCAACAACACCACGAUUAACGAACAGAAAAGCGAACGAUUUCGUUUAAUAACUGAUCAACUAAAAAAUAUCGAAAAAGAAAUCGUUAUGUUACAUGGAGCGAACGAUAAUUUUGAAAAUCGUUUUUAUAGGAACGAGAGUGGGAAAAACACCUCCGCUGCGGUAGAGAGCGGUGUGAUGAAGUCUGACGUAUCCAAAUGGAAAACACGGUUAACUCUGCCGACAUUGACGGAAGAAAAAAAUGAUCGUUUCCAUGCCAAUGACGUCCUAAUAACUGAAAUGAAUCCAGCAAAACUUGACAAUGCAAGGUCGUCAGAAAGUACAUACAGCGAAGCAAGUGAGACAUCACCACAGAGAAACGUCGAAGAAGGUACCCCUUUAGCGGACAUUGAUUUAGAUUCUGACAAAAUGCACCAUUUAGUUAACGAAGUGCUAUUACAACCAAAGUUAAGAACAUUCAACGAAGAAUUUAAAAAUGACCAGCUCUUGGAAGAGUUGCUAACACAUCGGCGAUUACACUAUAUGCAAAAUAAAUCCAGUGAAGCGAGAUAUAAGAGAACAUUGAAAGUGUUACACCUAAAAAGAAGGAAAAAAGGCGUGAUGGGAAAAACUAAAAGACGUAGUCAUCGUUUGGGUAAACGAGUAAAGGCAGUAAAUGCUAGCAAAAGAGGCAAUGUUGUGGAACCCACAAACGAACUCAACUACGUCAUAACAACCGUAACGUCUGAUUUAAAUUCAGGAGAGCCGUUUCUCGUUGCUAACGUUAAAUUACCUAGAGAUAAACGAUUUCAACGUCAUUGCAUGGAAAAAAUUAUGGCCGACGUUAGCAAUACUAAUUCUGAAGCUGAAAAAAAGUUACCCGUGUUUAUUAUGGGAGACUUUCAUUUCGAUCAUUUAACCGGUGCAGACGAUACGGGAGAUAUCUAUAAAAUUUUAAACAAUUUACAAAUUGAUGGAGAUAAUUAUCAUGCACCAAUCAUAUACAGCGAAAAAGAUCCAAUCACAACCGUGUACGGCCGUCGCUUUGACAACAUUUUAACAAACAUGAAUCUAAAAGGUAACCUUAAAACGAUCGGUCCAGAUUUGCCUGUUGAACCGGAACCGAUUAUUCUACCGUUGACAUUACAAAGACUUUAUAAUAAUUAUAUGACGGCCUUGUACUCUUCGGAUGGCGGAGAGUCGGAUUCAAUCUAUGAAUGUAUUAAAGCAUUUCAGCUAGCAGGCAAAUCUGAGCUGAAUAACGUCGUUUGUAAAGAUAGCUGGGUCCCUUCAAGCUUCAUAAGCGAUCACUUGCCACUGCAGGUAAAAGUAAAAAUAAAAGUUCCAGGAAAGUCUUCUCCGAUUGAGAUUAACAUUGCGAGUUGGAAUAUUCAAGGCGAUACUUUUAAAGAACGAUUGAUGGAUCCUGCUGUGAAAAAGCAAUUCUUUUCAUACUUGAAGAACUUCAAUAUGGCUGUCUUUCAGGAAUUUCCAGGACAUGAUCGUAUUUUGGAUGACGAUGAACUGGGAACAAGUGAUAUUGUUCGAUUGAAACAAGGCGAUAUAACCACGGAUUUUGGCAUGUAUGUGAGUGAAUACUCCAAGGACGGAGAAGCAGAUAUGUUUGUACUUCGAAAAAAAUUCAAAGACGAGGAAACUGUAACGUUAGACGACAACUCCCACGUCAUUACAACAGUCGGUUUAUUUGCACCGAAAUUAGUUAUCGAUACCGUAAAAAUACGACCAUGUUUGUAUACCGUCAAAACAAGCGAGAAUGACGUAUCCACCGGAGUGGGGUUUGCAAAAAUCAUGAAUGCUAUACAGAAGGACGUCGCUACAAGAAAAUGUGACUUUAAAGUUCUACUCGGAAGCAUGAACCUGGAAGAAAAUUUUGAUCUUGAUAAAGAAAUAUAUAAAAAUUACAAGUAUAUCAACAUGAAAUGUAAAAUGACUGAUGGAAAGAACAAGUACACAUACAAUAUCCCCAGAUCACGUGAUCUUGCUGAUUACGUCAUCAUACUUGAUCGAGAUAAAGACGUAGAGUUUGAUGAGUGUACCAUCGGACUGCCAGGUGAUGAGCCGAAAAGAGGGAUAGAUAAGUUGAGUGACUUUGAAGAGUUGUCGACACACUACCCCUUCUCCAUUGUGGUGAAGAAACCCGAAAUCUAGUGGGAACACAAACUGUGGUGAAUUUAUUAUCACAAAGCUUAUACUUCCGCAAUUGUAAUCAAGGAGCUAUAUGUACAAGAAACACAUAUUCAUGGAGAUUUACAAAUGUUAUAGUUGCAACUUGUAUUAUA